CCAACUGCUUCCUUAAUGACUACAUCUCCCAGAGUGCCUCAGCGUCCUAUUGAUUUGAUAAGCAGCCGGAAAAGAUGUUUACAGAGGAAAUGUAAUCCUGAGUACAGUUUUGUACAGGGAGAAAAUUCAAUGGAAUCCUCAGCAGACAAGGAGUCUGAGGCACUCCUUGACAGGAUGAUCAACACUCUGACCAAUGUUAUGAGAGUAUCUGAACAGCAUGAAUGUCCAGACGGCCAAAGCACUGCAGCCCACAGGGGUACUGAGCAGGGGGACGAUGCCUUCUUUGACUGUGAGGAGUCUCUGGAUGGAGCAGACGGCUCCAUGGGUGACAGGCAAAGAAGGACUGACUGUUCAGAAGCCCCGGCAUUAUGCCAGGAAACAGAGGGAUGUUCACCAAACACAGAGAAAGAACACGUCAAUGCAGAGUUAGGAGAAGAAGCUGAGUUGUCAGGGGAGAGAACUACAUUGUUGGGAGGUGAAGAGGAGGAGGAAAAAGAAACUUGGGAUGAGUGCACUGAAGAAGACAAGAGUGUGGCAGUUGAAGGGGGAGAUUCUGAUACUGAACUGAAUGAAGAAGAGAACGCCCCUCCUGAGUUUGAUGAUGAGUAUCUGAGACAAGUGGAGAAAGACAUGACAGAGGAGGAAACAGAGAGCCGCAGAGAGGAGAGCAUGAGCCUGAAGGACAAGGGGAACAGUCAGUUCAAGAGUGGAGAGCACACUGAGGCAGAGGAUUCGUACACUGCAGCUUUAGGAUUAUGCCCUGUGUGUUACAGCAAGGAGAGAGCUAUCCUCUUCUCUAACCGUGCUGCUGCCCGCCUGCACCUGGAUAAGAAUGAGAGAGCCAUCGCUGACUGCACAAAGGCCAUAGAGUUGAACCCAAACUACAUGCGAGCGAUCCUGCGGAGGGCAGAGCUCUAUGAGAAAACAGACAAGCUGGAUGAGGCUUUAGAAGACUACAAGGCUGCUCUGGAGAAAGACCCCGACCUGCCUUCAGCCAGAGAGGCCUGCAUGCGGCUUCCACAACAGAUCCACAAGCGAAAUGAGAAGCUGAAGGACGAUAUGAUGGGCAAACUGAAGGACUUGGGCAAUAUGUUCCUGCGGCCAUUUGGUCUGUCCACAUCAAACUUCCAGGUAAACCAGGAUUCAGGCACUGGAUCCUACUCUGUCAACUUUGUUCAGAAUCCUAACAACAACAACAGAUCACAGCAUGAGGAGCCUGUCUGAGAGCCGUCGUCACACCUGGCUUGGCCACCCAUCCUCAGAGCUAAGAGACAGACAGUCAGGACCCUCCACUGGCGUGUCAGAGUGGGAUCCGUUUGAAAUCCAAGACAGUCUGUCAUGGUUAAAUAAGAUUGUGUGUGAGAUGGUGGACAGUCUGUCAUGGUUAAAUAAGAUUGUGUGAGAUGGUGGACAGUCUUUCAUGGUUAAAUAAGAUUGUGUGUGAGAGAUGGUGGACAGUCUGUCAUGGUUAAAAAAGAUUGUGUGUGAGAGAUGGUGGACAGUCUGUCAUGGUUAAAUAAGAUUGUGUGUGAGAGAUGGACAGUCUGUCAUGGUUAAAUAAGAUUGUGUGUGAGAUGGUGGACAGUCUGUCAUGGUUAAAUAAGAUUGUGUGAGAGAUGGUGGACAGUCUUUCAUGGUUAAAUAAGAUUGUGUGUAAGAGAUGGUGGACAAUCUGUCAUGGUUAAAUAAGAUUGUGUGAGAGAUGGUGGACAGUCUGUCAUGGUUAAAAAAGAUUGUGUGUGAGAGAUGGACAGUCUGUCAUGGUUAAAUAAGAUUGUGUGUGAGAUGGUGGACAGUCUGUCAUGGUUAAAUAAGAUUGUGUGAGAGAUGGUGGACAGUCUGUCAUGGUUAAAUAAGAUUGUGUGAGAGAUGGUGGACAGUCUGUCAUGGUUAAAUAAGAUUGUGUGUGAGAGAUGGUGGACAGUCUGUCAUGGUUAAAUAAGAUUGUGUGUGAGAGAUGGACAGUCUGUCAUGGUUAAAUAAGAUUGUGUGUGAGAUGGUGGACAGUCUGUCAUGGUUAAAUAAGAUUGUGUGUGAGAUGGUGGACAGUCUGUCAUGGUUAAAUAAGAUUGUGUGUGAGAUGAUGGACAGUCUGUCAUGGUUAAAUAAGAUUGUGUGUGAGAGAUGGUGGACAGUCUGUCAUGGUUAAAUAAGAUUGUGUGUGAGAGAUGGUGGACAGUCUGUCAUGGUUAAAUAAGAUUGUGUGUGAGAGAUGGACAGUCUGUCAUGGUUAAAUAAGAUUGUGUGUGAGAGAUGGACAGUCUGUCAUGGUUAAAUAAGAUUGUGUGUGAGAGAUGGACAGUCUGUCAUGGUUAAAUAAGAUUGUGUGUGAGAUGGUGGACAGUCUGUCAUGGUUAAAUAAGAUUGUGUGUGAGAGAUGGUGGACAGUCUGUCAUGGUUAAAUAAGAUUGUGUGAGAGAUGGUGGACAGUCUGUCAUGGUUAAAUAAGAUUGUGUGUGAGAGAUGGUGGACAGUCUGUCAUGGUUAAAUAAGAUUGUGUGUGAGAUGGUGGACAGUCUGUCAUGGUUAAAUAAGAUUGUGUGUGAGAUGGUGGACAGUCUGUCAUGGUUAAAUAAGAUUGUGUGAGAGAUGGUGGACAGUCUGAAAAGGCCAUUAAAUGAUCAGUGACUGUUA